UCUUCUCGCGGUGUGUGUGUGUGUGUGUGUGAGAUUGAGAGAGAGUGAGCGCGCGCGCGUGUGUGUGUGUGUGUGUUAACGUGCGGUCUCUCCGGUACCGGACACACCGGGAGUCUCGUGAGCGGAACACAGGCGGUGUGUGAUGUCGGGACUCAGCGCCGGUACCGGACACACACAGUAUUAGUGCGGCGGUGACAGGUAUCAGGUGUUGAUGUGCAGGUGAUGGGGGACACAUGUUCACAUAAACUCGGCUCAGCGAAGCUCCUGAAGCUCCUCAUCAUCAUCUUGCCUUGUGUGUGUGGCCUCAUUUGUGUCCUCACACUGCUGCUUGCCUUCACAGGAAUAAUCGGGAAUGGGCUGCUCGACUCCAGUGACCCCGCCCCAUUUUCAGCUACAGAUGUUUCCAUGGCGACUCUUGUUCCCCAUCUCGCCAUAACUAUGGAUCACCCCGCUAUUGAUAACUCCACAGCAACGAAAUCAGCGAUCAGUGUGGGAGCGUUCCAUCCGGAAUCACCUCCCGCUGACCCUUUGAUGUCCGACUCGUCCUCAUCCUCAUCGGAUGCUACGUCGUCUCCAUUGGAUGCAACACCUACGCUGACUUCUGAUUGGUUCAUGAGUUUUUCUACCACAAGUGCUGUGUCGAGUGUCGAACCCACAACCUCAAACACUGACCCUGGUAUGUGUUAUGACAUCACAGAGCCUCAGUGUCACAUGUUGGCGUAUAACCGGAGCGGCGUGGUGCCGGGGGCGAUGGUGGUGAAGACGGGAGAGAUGGACAUGUUCCUGCGCUUCUUCACCUACCUGAACCGACUCAACUGUUACUCUCACAUCAUGCUGUUCGGCUGCACCAUCGCCCUGCCGCAGUGUGUGACCGACGGGGGAGACACACGUCUGAUAUUGCCGUGUCAGUCGUUCUGUGAGGCGGCGAAGGAGGGAUGUGAAUCAGUUCUUCAGAUGUUUAACGCCUCCUGGCCGGACUUCCUGCGCUGCUCGCAGUUCCUCAACGUCACCUCGUCAACACCUGGAGCCACGCCCACCUGCUACACCCCGCGUCACGCCAAGGGCCGGGCCGCUGUGUGUGGCGGCACCGACAGCUUCCUCUGUGCAACAGGAAUUUGUGUCUCCCAGAAACUGGUGUGUAAUGGGUUUAACGACUGUGACGACUGGAGUGAUGAAUCUGGCUGUGUGUGUGCAGAUAGAGAGUUCAGCUGUGGUACGGGCCGCUGUGUGAACACGUCCCUGCUGUGUGACGGGUACGACGACUGUGGGGACCUCAGUGACGAGCACAACUGCAGGUGUGACACGGUGAAGGAGCACCGGUGUGGAGAUGGACGCUGCAUUCCGCUCGAGUGGCUUUGUGACGGAGACCACGACUGCCUGGACAAGAGCGACGAACUCAACUGCUCCUGUAAAGCUCAGGGCUUGUUGGAGUGUAAAAACGGACAGUGUAUCCCCAGUACCUUUCGCUGUGACGGUGACGAAGACUGCAAGGACGGCAGCGAUGAAGAAAACUGCACAAAGCAGCUGCCCCAUGGCACGUGUCCUCCAGGACAGCCCAGCUGUAUUUCCACUGGUGGUGCCUGUGAGCCGUGCAACACCAGCACCAACUUCAGUGCCUGUGAGCCCAUCACAUUAGAGCUGUGUAUGAACCUGCCGUACAACACCACACGGUUCCCGAACUACCUGGGCCACCAGUCUCAGAAGGAGAGCUCAGUGAGCUGGGAGUCAUCUCUCUUCCCGGCACUCGUUCAGACAAACUGCUACAAAUACCUCAUGUUCUUCUCCUGCACCGUCCUCGUGCCCAAGUGCGACUCGCACACACACCAGAAAGUGCCACCCUGCAGGUCUCUCUGCAGGAGCUCUAAAGAUCGCUGUGAGUCGGUGCUGAGCAUCGUGGGAUUGCAGUGGCCUGAGGAAAUGGACUGCGCUCAGUUUCCUGAUGAAGGACAAGAGAACACACCCUGUCUUCUUCCUGACCCAGAUGUAGAAGAGUGUUCCCCCAGUCACUUCAAGUGUCACUCUGGGAGGUGUGUCCUCGCCUCCAAACGCUGUGACGGACACACGGACUGCGACGAUGACAGUGAUGAGGAACACUGUGGGUGUAGAGAGCGCGGACUGUUCGAGUGCCCCUCAGACAAAUCCUGCAUUAAGAACUCGAUGAUCUGCGACGGCUUCCCGGACUGCAGCCUCCUGGAGGACGAGAAGAACUGCUCGGUGUGUAAUGAUAAUGAGCUGGAGUGUAAUAAUCACGAGUGUGUGCACCGGACGCUGUGGUGUGACGGGAGGAAGCACUGCUCAGACAGCUCGGACGAGUGGAACUGCGUCUCUCUCUCCAGCUCGGUGCUGUUGGUCAGUAAGACAGCAGUUGAGUAUCAGGUGUGUGCUGAUGAGUGGAACCUGGAGCUCAGCACCAUCGCUUGCAAACAGCUGGGUUUAGGACCUCCUCUGUUAACCGAAGAAGUGGAGGAUGUGUACAGCUCUGGGAGGAGGCGCUGGCUUCAUGUUCAUCCUGACUGGAGCCUCCGUAACAACACCGCACUGCAGGGGCUUUUGGAGAAAAGAGGGCAUUCUUGCCACUCACGCAAGAAGAUUGCUCUUCAGUGCACCAGAGGUGAGUGUGGGCGUAGGCCUGCAGCCAGGCUGGUGAAGAGGAUUCUGGGAGGUCGUACAAGUCGCCCGGGUCGCUGGCCGUGGCAGUGUUCGCUACAGAGCGAGGAGAGCGGACAUAUCUGCGGCUGCGUCCUGAUCGGGAGGAGGUGGGCGCUCACUGUGGCACACUGCUUUGAGGGGCGAGAGAGUGCAGAUGUGUGGAAAGUGGUGUUGGGGAUCAAUAACCUGGACCACCCGUCCACACACACUCAGACGCGGAGUGUGAAGAGUGUGAUGGUGCACUCCCGCUACAAUCGCGCGGUGGUCGAUUACGACAUCAGCAUCAUCGAGCUGGACGAGGACGUGGAGAUCAGCAGCCACGUGCGGCCCGUGUGUUUACCCGAGUCGGGACACACACUCACACCCGGCACCUACUGCUACAUCACCGGCUGGGGGCACAUGGGCAACCGCAUGCCCUUUAAGCUGCAGGAGGGCGUGGUCAGGGUGAUCUCUCUCUCUCAGUGUCAGACGUAUUUCGAUAUGAAGACCAUCACCUCCAGGAUGCUCUGUGCAGGUUACGAGGCUGGAACCAUAGACUCCUGCAUGGGUGAUAGCGGCGGUCCGUUGGUGUGUGAGGACCCUGACGGUUACUGGAUGCUGUACGGUCUGACCUCAUGGGGCUCUGUGUGUUUCUCCAAAGUGCUUGGACCCGGAGUGUACGCCAACAUCACACACUUCACCGAGUGGAUCAGGAGACAGAUCUACUUAAACACUUUUCACCUGGACUAGGACACACACACACACACACACACACACACACACAUGAGUGACUGUCUCCCCUGUAGUGGAAAUGAAAAAAGGGAAAACUACAUGUAUGUUGUUGAAUCAUUCCAGGAGGAUUGUGUGUGUUUUAAUUAUUGACUGUUAAUUGUUGCUGCUAUAUUUGUUACCUGUUGCCAAACUGCCACAGUAGAAAUGUCAGUGUUGAUGUGUGUGUGUGUGUGUGUGUGUGUGUGUGUGUGUGUAUGUGUUUGUGUGUGUCACCUGCCUAUUAAUCUUUACUGUUAAAAUUGUGUACUUGUGUCGCCUAAACUAAUGUGUGAAACACAAAUCUAUGCUCAGUGCGCGUGUGUGUGUGUGUGUGUGUGUGUCAUGUACUUGUGCUUCUACACUUGUGAGACUUGACAUUCACAGCUGUUUACAUUUAAAGACAUUAAAUUUGUGCUAAUUUGUUAAGAACAUGCUUUUUAUGGAAAUAUUAUUUAUUUAAAAAUGAUUUAAUAAUUUCCUAACUAACUUGAGUUUUACACAGUUCUGUUUAGCUACAAUUAUAGCUUUAUAUUUAUUAUACUGUAUGUUUAACUGUAUAGAUACAUAUAAAGCCAGCAUUAGAGCAAUAUUUAAACAGGUUUAGUGGUUUAGUUACAGUGUUUUAUGUUAAUAGCUGGAGAUGCACAAUUAAUCACACAGCAAUGGAAAAUGUGAAACGGACGUGUGUGUGUGUGUGAUUAUUUAUCUGCAAAACGCUGUAGUUUAUUACAGUAACACACACACAGUCAGAAACUUAUCCAGAGUUUAUGAAUAAAUAGCAUAUUUGUCAUUUUUUAAUAAUGUUGAUGUGAUGAAAUGAAUAUUGGUAAAUAUCCUUAAAUAAGAUCGUGUGUGUGAUUGUUAACCACUAGCCUCCAUAAAUACAAAUAAAUACUAAACAUUUAAUACUUAGAGUACAUAUCGCAGAUUAACUCACAACUGCAGGGUGUGUCACAAUAAUCACAAUGUGAUGGUUUUAAUCGAAUCGUGCGGCCUUAAUGUCUACAUAUACCUAUGUGUAAUGUCGUUAUUAAAAUAUAAAAAAUUAGCUACACUUAUGGCUACAAUUGUAGCUACAGUAGUGUGUGUGUGUGUAUAACAAGUCCAAUGUAGUGCUAUAGUUAAAGCCAUACUUUAAAUUUAUAUGUACAUUUAUAUCUUUGUGUGUAGUGCAUUAUACGUUUAAAUGUAUAGCUAGUGUUAAAGCCAUAUAUGUAUCAUUUAUGUAUUGAUGUUGGAGCUACAGUUAUAGCUCUCUGUGUGGUGUGUGUGUGUGUGUGUGUGUGUGUUGUAAGAUUUACAUGUAUUGCUACAAUUUAGAUCUAUGUAAGUCUUAUGUCUGCCAAGAUAUAAUUACAAGUUUAAAUCUUCAGCUAAAUCGAAGUUACAUAAAUGUAAUUUUAUACGUUUCUGUUUCACGUAUUCCAUUUAUACAUUCAUACGUAGCUACACGUGCAUGUCUUAUAAUUUCAAGUUUACGAUAUAAAAUUAAUUAAAUAGCUGCAAUGUACUAUAUUCAUUUUAUUCUACUCACACAGGAUCUCACAAGUGUAUCUGUGCAAGUGUGUGUGUGUGUGUGUGUGAGAGAGAGAGAGGUUUCAGUGCUUCGAGGUUUUAAUGCGACAUUCCGUCCACAACGUUGUGCUUUGUAAUUUUUUUAAAUACUAUUUUUCUACAGCUUUUCUAUGUGUGCACAUGAACCUGGUGAAAGUGUGAAAUAUAAGUUUCUGUAUUUUUAAUGAUAUAUUAUUUCACGUGUACAGCACUGUUUAGAAAUUAUACAGUAGUAACGUUUAUGUAAACGAUGUUUAAAAAAAAUUAAGACCCAGUGGAUUUGUAUUUACGAAUUAAAACUCUGUCAACACUAAA